AGUGCAAGGAUAAGUGAGGCUGGUGUUAGCAUGGAAGUGUGAUGCCCUGCCCAGCACCAGGCUUCCCCUCUGAGGUGGGCAGCAGAGGGGCUCCUGCUCCGUUGGGCGCCCAGACCCUGCGUUGGACAUCAGCUGUGUGGCACGUCAUGUCUGUUCCUCCAGAUCUUCAUCAGCAGUAUUUGCAGACUUGCCAAAACCUGAGCCAACCUGAAAAUCACUUUGUUGCUCGUGUGCUUCAAGAAGCCGAUAAAAAUGAUAAUAUCAGAUGGACAAAAGGGAUCACGUUAAAAAUAGCUGGAAAUAAUCGCUUAGUGCCUGUGCAGAGAGUGACAGAUGAAGAUGUUCAAGUUCUUGCCUCUGUCUUACGCUGUGCUGUAUGUGUCACCGGUUUGGAUCUGAGAUAUAAUGAUUUGACUGAUGUUGGAGUAAGGCACGUGGCAACGUUCCUCCAGGGGCUGCCUGUAAUGUGGUGCAGGACAGAGGUUGAAAACUCAACUCUGCGAUACCUUAACCUGAUGUUUAACGAUAUUGGCACGAGUGGAGCUGAGCUGAUAGCAAAUGCUCUCCAUAGCAAUGAAACUCUUCUGCAUUUGAGACUGACUGGAAACAAAAUAGGCAAUAAGGGUGGAAUGUACUUUGCUUCAAUGCUGCAAGUUAAUUGCACCUUAGAGAAGUUAGAUCUUGGAGACUGCGAUGUGGGUACACAGUGUCUAAUAGCAAUAGCAUCAGUCCUGACUCAGAACAAAGCAGUCAAAGCAAUAAACCUCAAUCGUCCAUUGCUGUACAGCCAGGAGGAAGAGACCACAGUCCACAUAGCUUUGAUGCUGAAAAAUAAUUCUUCUCUUGUGGAACUACAUCUGUGCAAGCAUGAAAUUAAAAGCUUUGGUGUAGAGCGACUGUGUGAGGCCUUGUAUGAAAACUGCAGCCUGAGAUACCUUGAUCUUAGCUGUAAUAAAGUAACUCGUGAAGAUGUGAAAUUUUUGGGAGAACUACUGAAACAGAACCAAACUCUGGAAAUCCUAGAUCUUAAUUCAAACCGAAUAGAAGAUGAUGGAGCUAUCUACUUGAGUGAAGCUUUGGCUUUGUACAACAGGACUCUUAAGGCGUUGUCAGUAGUGAGCAACAAUAUAAGUGGCAAAGGGCUGGCAGCUCUCUCACAAGCAAUGAAAAUAAAUGUGGAACUCUCCUACAUUUAUAUUUGGGGGAACAACUUUGAUGAAGCCGCCUGUAUGGCAUUUUCAGAAUUAAUUCAGGCAGGCCGCUUGAAACCUGAUUGCACAGAUGUGGAACCGUACGAAGUGGAUGGGCACAUUCACCUUGCAGAGCUCUCCCAUGGCCUUAAAAAGCAUUACUACUGGACACCAAGCUAUGGGGAGGUGAAGAAUGCUGCUGCUAAUGCCAGUCUGGCAAUUGCAGCUGUUUCAGAAUGUUUCUAAGGUAGGUCUCAAGAAUGAGAAGAAUCCCUACAAAAAUUCCAUGUUUCCCCCAUUCAUCUCUGAAGGAAGUUACCAAUAUUGUUAAACACCACGUACCUCCAAAAUGAACUCCUUAAGCCUAAGAAUGAAUGUGCAGCUGACUUCAUGCAUCUAUUGGCACAAGGUACCGUACAGAGCUGCUUCUUCAGGCCCUGGAGCACCCAGCCUGAACACUCCUACAAAUUCAAUAUAUGUCUCUUUCUAUAUAUAUUUAAAAUCUAUAUUCUAUUAAAUGAAUACCGUUGAUAGAGAUCAUACCUCAGCAGCUGAGAUAUCUGCACAAAAGAUGAGGGUAAGAAUCGAGGUUCUCAGAUGAGGACUGAAGAGUGCAGUUCACUAAAUUAUUGCUCUAAGUCAAAAUUACAGCCUGUGUAUUCUACUAAGAAAGGCUAAAAGUGUUGUUUUGUAAAAAAUAAUGAUUAUCUUCUUGUCUAUAAAGAAAACUAAAUGACUACGAAAGAAAGUGGUACUGUUAUAAGCAUCUAAACAAAUCCUGUAUAAAUCUAAGUACUGUUUUAAAAAGUCUGAAAAUCUAAGAAUACAGCAAUAAGCUAUUAUUGUAGAAAUAUAAAAACAGUCCAAACAAACACUGUUAUGGAAUGCAUUUCCUAAGUAGGAAUGUAGUUACUUCUUCCUAGAGCAAAACAGCUCUUGUCCUUUAUGCUGAAUUUUACAUUAAUCCUCAGGUAACAACAGUGUAUCAUUAGUUUAUCUUCCAGAGUUGGUUAAACAUGAAAUUUAUCAAGC